UUCGCCAGCUAUUCAGCAAAUGUAGCUCUCGAUACAUUGCCUAUUCCAUGUUUUUAAUGCAAGCGGAAUAUUUUAGGGAUGUUGCUGUCUGCUGCCAGCAAACUGCAGGAGCUUCCCCUAUGCACCCCCAGUGCAGGGUAUGUGCGCGUGCUCGGUAACAGCUGAUUCCCCAAACCCCAGUCUACGUAACAUCAACUGAUCCCGCUGAGGUGUGCGUAGAAAGUGGUGCAAUCACGGCAUAUUUGCAGUGGCGAGCGAUCGGUCAUCUCUGGAGAACCAACCAGUUUGCCAGCUCUUGUUUUGGCUCAGAGCUGAACGUCCAUGCUAUGUGAUUGCAAAACACUACGCGUUAGCUCGCCACACGUACUUUUUUUAUAAACAGGAAGAGUAAAAAGGCUUAGUGCAUCACAUGUUGCCUCACGCAAGUUGAGGGAAAACUUUACAUUCCAGCCGUACAGUAUAGAGCGAUAACUUCCGAUCACAUAAACCCGGAGCAAGUUUCACAGUCACGCUGUGUUUUUGAAGACGGGUGGUUGUUUUAAAAAGCGGACAACUCUGGAACGUUACACUAGAUUGGCGAAGACCGGUAGUAAAUCAAGUUUUCAUGGACAUGAGUCAUUACUGAGAGGUGGGAAAUCAUGGAGGGUCUAGAGGCGCUAGACCCCGAGGAGCAGCUCCUUCACGACGCCAGGAACGGGAACCUGGAGGGGAUUCGCGGCCUGCUGCUGUCCAUGAUCAAGGAGAAAACCAGUCUCAACAUCAACUGCAAAGGUAAGAGCAAGAGCAAUUUGGGAUGGACGCCUCUCCACUUGGCCUGUUACUUCGGACACAGAGGCGUGGUGGAGGAGCUUCUCAAGGCAGGGGCUGAGGUGAAUUUGCCCAAUAACAUGGGGGACACGCCUCUACACAAAGCUGCCUUCACGGGGAGAAAGGAGGUGGUCAUGUUACUGCUGCGCUUUGACGCGUGCCCCACCGUUAUUAACGGAACGGCGCAGAUUCCCAAAGAUGUCACUCAGAACGAGGAAAUAAGAACCAUGUUAGAAGCGGCGGAGAGGACAGAAGAGAGGAAGCUGGAGGAGCAGCUUUUGGAGGCGGCGCGGGAAGGGGACACGGCCACCCUCAACCAGCUGCUGAACAGGAAGAAGCCCCCCGAUCUCGGCUGCGCAGACCUGUUGGGGAACACGCCCCUGCACUGUGCCGCGUACCGAGGGCAGAAGCUGUGUGCUCUCCGGCUCCUGAAGGGCGGCGCUAGCCCCAACGUCAAAAACAAAAACGAUCAGACCGCGUUUGACCUGGCCAGCGAUGCAGAGAUGAAGCAGGUCCUGGAAGGCAACUCGCAGAAGGGCAUGGCUCGCAGAGUCCAGAUGUUUGAAGGCCCUCUGCUGAAGAGCUCCCGUUUUUUCGGCUGGCGCUCCUACUGGGUGGUGCUUCAGGACGGCGUCCUCUCCUGGUACCCCAAACAGUCAGACGCAGCCGCUAACGUUCGCAGGCAGGGAUGCAAGCCUCUCACGCAGGCUCACUGUAUGAUCAAAGCCCGGGACAGCUGCUUUUUCACCCUCAAGUGCUUUGACGACAGCGUCCAUCACUUUAAAGUGUCCCCCAAGAACGACCCGGAAGGGAUGAGAAAAAGAUGGCUGGAGGCGAUGGAGGAGCACUCGGCCUACAGCACACACUACUGCUCCCAGGAUCAAGGCAGCGAGGAAGAGGAGGACGACGUGAUGUCAGUGGGGGAGCUGACUGAGUCUCUGCAGAAGGCCGAGGCCUACCAGCAGAGGCUGCAGUCAGAGGUGUCUGCCUUCCUCGCCAUGGUGACGAAGGACGAGCUGUCCGAACAGCUCCCUGCCCCGGUCCUGCAGAAGAUGAGCGAGAUCACGGAGCUGUCCAGCGAGACCUGCACCGCCCUCCGACACUGCCUCAGCCUCUUCUCCCAGCAGGAAGGGGUGCGGAGCCUGAAACUGGAGCAGGAAGUGGAGAAGAACAAGAUCCUGUCAGAGGCCCUGCAGACACUGGCCACCGAGCAUCACGAGCUGGAGCAGUCCGUCGUCAAGGGGUCCUCGCCACGGAGCGCGCUCAGUGAGGAUGAGUUCUACGAUGCCGUGUCAGAGUCCGACUCCGAGCGUUCCAUGAGCGGGUUCGAGACGGUGGCCAGCCAUUCCUUCGAGGAGGAGUCUGUCCAGUCCGGCAGCGGCCGCAGCACCCCCGUCGGCAUGUCGCAGGACGAUCGCCGCGGCGACGAGGAGCCCCAGGCCAACGGGAUCAAGAAGCACAGGACGAGUUUGCCGGCCCCCAUGUUCUCCAGGAAUGAUUUCAGCAUCUGGAGCAUUCUGAGGAAGUGCAUAGGAAUGGAGCUCUCUAAGAUCACCAUGCCGGUCAUCUUCAACGAGCCCCUGAGCUUCCUGCAGCGCCUGACUGAGUACAUGGAGCACACGUACCUCAUCCACCAGGCCAAUGCCCUGUCCGACUCCAUCGAGAGGAUGAAGUGUGUGGCAGCCUUUGCAGUGUCCGCUGUGGCUUCCCAGUGGGAGAGGACAGGCAAGCCCUUCAACCCGCUGCUGGGAGAGACCUACGAGCUGGUCAGGGAGGACCUCGGUUUUAGGCUGAUCUCAGAACAGGUCAGUCACCACCCACCGGUCAGCGCCUUUCACGCCGAGGGUCUGAAUAACGACUUCGUGUUCCACGGGUCCAUCUAUCCCAAGCUCAAAUUCUGGGGGAAGAGCGUGGAGGCGGAGCCCAAAGGGAUUAUAACCCUGGAGCUGCCCAAGUACAACGAAGCGUACACCUGGACCAACCCCACCUGCUGCGUGCACAACAUCAUCGUGGGCCAGCUGUGGAUUGAGCAGUACGGGAACGUGGAGGUGGUCAACCACAAAACCGGGGAACGAUGCUGCCUGAAUUUCAAACCCUGUGGUCUUUUUGGGAAGGAGCUGCACAAAGUCGAAGGCUACAUCCUGGAUAAAAACAGGAAGAAGCUAUGCGCCCUCUACGGGAAGUGGACCGAGUGCCUGUACAUCGUGGACCCGGCCUCGUUCGACGCCCACAAGAAGAGCGACAAGAAGAACGCGGAGGAGAAGAAGAGUGGCAGAACGGGCUCCGGCGGCGAGGAGGAGGAGAUGCCGCUGCCGGACGGCGACACGGUGCAGGCCAUCCCCGGGAGCCAGCUGCUGUGGAGGAUAGCGCCCCGCCCGGCCAACUCCACCCAGAUGUACAGCUUCACCACCUUCGCCAUGGCCCUCAACGAGCUCCACAAGGACAUGGAGGGGGUCAUUCCCAAAACCGACUGCCGCUGGAGACCUGACAUCCGCGCCAUGGAGAACGGGGACAUAGAUUUGGCGAGCGAGGAGAAGAAGAGGCUGGAGGAGAAACAGCGGGCGGCGCGCAAAAUCCGCUCGAAGUCCGACGAGGAGUGGAAGACGAGAACCCCUGCUCUCGGCCCCAGGUGGUUUCACCAGGGACCCAACCCCCAUGUGGGCUCCCAGGACUGGCUGUACUCCAGGGGAUACUGGGACAGAGACUACUCGCAGCUGCCGGACAUCUACUGAAGCGCAUUCCUGUGAAGCCACAGCUCCGACCCGCCCAAACACUGGCCUCUUCCUGAGAUCUCAGCUCCAGCUCGCUCCAAACACUGGCCUCUUCCUGAGAUCUCUGCUCUGACUCGCUCCAAACACUGGCCUCUUCCUGAGAUCUCAGCUCCGACUCGCACCAAGCACUGGCCUCUUCCUGAGAUCUCAGCUCCGACUCGCUCCAAACACUGGCCUCUUCCUGAGAUCUCAGCUCCAACUCGCUCCACACACUGGCCUCUUCCUGAGAUCCACGCUCCAAGUCGCUCCAAACACUGGCCUCUUCCUGAGAUCUCCGCUCUGACUCGCACCAAACACUGGCCUCUUCCUGAGAUCUCCACUCCGACUCUCUCCAAACACUGGCCUUUUCCUGAGAUCUCAGCUCUGACUUGCACCAAACACUGGCCUCUUCCUGAGAUCUCCACUCCGACUCUCUCCAAACACUAGCUUUUUCUUGAGAUCUCAAAUCCAACUCACUCUCAACACUGUCUCUUUUUUAAGGAUUGUGUAGCUGUAAUUGUCUUAACAUUUUUUUUUUCUUUUUAGAACCUGCAAAUUACUACACUUAUGCAAACGAACCUGAGACUUGGUGGCCCUUAAGAACCUUCACACUGUGGCAAUAAUUAGUGUAUUUUUAAUACCUGACACCUUUCAACCUGCAUUAGGAUAUAUAUAAAUUAUUUUUAUUUCAUGUUUUAACAUUUAUUUGUGUAUUCGUAAGGUGAGAGGUACUAAAUCGCUCCUGAAACGAGCCCCCCCGGUCACAACGUUUCAGUUUGUCAGGUCAACCCACAUGACAGAGAAAGGCGUUUUUCUUUUCACCUCUUAGAUUGUAGCAAUAAAGCGCAGUUUGUUCAUUAAAAAGGGCCAGGAUGUUCCCCUUUUCUCCACUGUGGUUGGUCCGAGGGCCGUGGUUAUAUGUGAAUGACAGGAUGAAUUUUUUUUUUUCCCCCGGUUUGUGAUUAAGGUGCACUGUUUUGUGUUGAAUGUGGUCUGUCAUAAUGUGCUCUCUCCCCCUGCAACAGUCAAGCCUGAGGAAAAGAGAAGCUGCUUAGAUCUUCCCCGCCGACCCACUGAAGAAAAUGAACAGCUGCUUUUUUUUUCUCCUUCUCAGAACAGGA